GCCAUAUGAAUCGAAUCAUUAUUACUUAGGCGGCAGUCUUGAUAUAUUUGUACCCAAUCAGGUUUGUAGAUGUACGAUUAUGUUACCCAAUGGGAUAAUCUGUUUUGUCCUCGAGAGCCAAUCUAAAUUCGACAUAGUGCAGUUUUUAAAAUGUUUCAGGAAGUAUCGGUAGCUACCAGGAAGUUGUAAACGAUAAACACAACAGUGAAGCUAGCUGGCUAUUACAUUUUACUGAAUCUGUGACCGCAACGAUUUACUGAACAAAUAAUCUGGGAAAUUGUUUCGUUGGAGUAGAGCAAAUUGAAGAUAAAUUGAAAAUGGCGAGAGACCAUUAGCUAUUUUGAACAUCUGAUGCUGUGUUAUUGUGGUCACUCUCGUGACGUUAGCUUGUGGCUCUCUGUUUUGACAAGUAAAUAGCUACUGUAGCUUGUUGUCAACCACAUUUACAUUUACGUCAUUUAGCAGACGCUCUUAUCCAGAGCGACUUACAAAUAGGACAUUACUCGCUAUCAACAAGGAUCGAUAGCUAUCUAGCUAAACCUCCAAUAUAACAUUAGACGUGGAAACGUCUGAUUUGUGGCGGCUCUUUUAUAAUUCACGUGCUGCUAACGUCCAGCUAACUGUUGAUAGCUAGCUAACGAACUAGCUAGCUAUUUAGUAACAAUAGUGAUUAGUUAGCUAGCGAAAUAGCGUUUUAAAUAACAUUAGCAUCAGAGCAGCUACCAUUGCUACAUUGAUUGAUUGAUUGAUCCGCACAUUUCCUCUUGACAUUGGGAUUCGGAAGCUAGAAGAACAGUAUUUAAAGAGCAUGUCUACCUCCAACUUCAAAACCAAAUGUGUCACUCAAGUGAAUUGCAUAUAUUGUGAGAGUCUACUCUGCACAAGAGGAAUGAAGGCAGUACUUCUCGCAGACACAGAAAUUGAGCUAUUCUCUACUGACAUACCGCCCAACAGAACUGUUGACUUUGUGGCCAGCUGCUACUCUACAGAGAGCUGCAAAUGCAAACUGAGAGACAUCGCCUGCCUGAAAUGUGGUAAUUUUGUGGGGUAUCACGUGGUAGCCCCAUGUAAGCCCUGCCUGCUGUCCUGUAACAAUGGCCAUUUCUGGAUGUUUAACAGUGAUGCUGUGUCCACCCUUAACAGACUGGAUGCUACAGGUUUGAACCUAUUGCUGUGGGGAGACCUUCCCGAGCUAGAGGACAGCGAGAACGAGGGAUCAGACAGCCCAUCGGAGGAGGAGUGCAUCAGGUAGAGGGAGAUGGAUGACAGAUGGAAGAGAAACAGAAGAGAGGCCUUACCCUGUGACCAUAUCCCCCCUUCCCAACAUCUGCCCAUUAGAAGCACACAACCCCCUCAUGUUCUUAUCUCUCUCUCUCUCUCUCUCUCUGUGGGGGGAACCAAUGGUAGAACUGGACUGUCGGAACUGCCCUCUCUCUUUAAACUCACCACUGAACUCCAACUCAUUAGCUUUCCAUUCCAGGGACAGACGGACGGUCUUAACAUUUCACAUGGCUGUUUUAUACCCUUUGGGUUGCCUUUGGACGCUGGAUUUGAGAUUUUCUUCAGUGCUGUGUUAGUCCUUAAACAAUCAAUUACAAUGAUGCUGUGUUUAGGUUUCAGAAACUGACAUUGUUUCCUUGAGUAUUUGCCAGUUUAUCUUGUGUCAGUCUUUCAUGAGGAGGCCCAGUGUCAUCAACAGAUGGUACUAGUACAUAAAGUAUAGGUACUAGUUUGGUUCUAGGGCUCCUCUGUGAUGGGACAGAGGAUACUCGAUGAAAAUAGAGUAGGCCCAAUUAUGCACAUGUCAAACCUGGCAAAGGAGCUGGAAAGAAAAUACAUGAUCAUGAAAGGAAAGUCACUGUCAACUCACUCUUACGUUGUUGAUAUAGUAAAAACAUUGCAGCAAAAACAGUGAAAGAAAAUGUACUUUAUUUUCCGAGCUGAUAUCCUAACCCUGUAUGAUUGAACGCUGAACUGUUGUGUGCUUGAAAGAGCACUAUGAAUGAGUAUAUAGAUCUGAGUAUACUGUAUAUCUGAGUAUAUGAGUCACUUUAUGUAGAGGAGUGUGUAUAGAGCAGACCUUUCUAUUGCUGAUGACGCUUUUGCUUCAGACAACCUUCUAGUCUUGUAUUCUAAUGGCCUUGGAUCUGAUUCUGUGAAGAACUGUGGUCUCACUGUCAUUGCAGGUCACGCUUACCCUCUCGCUGGAACUAAAUGUUUCAGCUUUGUUUUGAUGCUUCGGUGCCCAGCAAUUACUGUCACAAUGAGUGACAUAUGUUAAAGUAGCAUUUAAUAUACCACCCAGUUCAAACAGACAAGCUAUGCCUGUAUUAAUAAGGAUAUGUUGUUUUAUUUGUUUUGUGGUCAUAACUGACAGUAUGAAAGAUGGAAAUACACACCAAACACCAAUUAAGAUUCCUGUCUUUGUAGCAAUUAUUUAUUUAAGUUAUGUUCUAAGCUCUGGCUAAGUGUAUCACCUCUUGUGAUAUGAUAUACAAAUGUAUUAGUCAAUUAUUAUCAAAAUCCUACAGACCAAAUAUCUUUAACCACUUACAUUUUCCUUUUGUUUACAAUUGUUUUUUAAUUUACAAGAGCAAUGUUUUGUAGUGUGCUAUAUUUUUUUCUGUUUCUCUGUCUGUUUUUAUUUUUACGUUUCACAUGCAUUUGAGUGUUUUACGUUUGGAGGCUGACUUGUUUUUGUGUUGAAUUUUGACCUUCGUGAAUGAAGGUAGCUAGCUAUCACCUGAGAGCUUCCUAUGGCAUAGGACCAUGGUUAGGAGAUAAUCAAAGACCAUCAAAACAGUGACACAACUUUAAUAUGAUUAACUUAUGUAGCGUGUUUUUAUUUAUCAAUUUGUAUGUAUUUAUUAACAAACACAUUGCUGUAUUUAUACUGAUGUUAUUUGCCCUGCUGAAUUUUUUUACAUUUACAUUUUAGUCAUUUAGCAGACGCUCUUAUCCAGAGCGACUUACAGUUAGUGAGUGCAUACAUUUUUCAUACUUAAGAACACUAAAGACAUAUUUACAUACAAAUACAUCCCUGCUAAAGUGAAUAGAUCAUAACAGCUCUGGGUCCAUGGUCAUACAUAACAUUACACAUGAAUGAUUGUACAUAAAGUCAAAAAGUACAGAAAAAUUGUAAAAAGUUCAAACAACCCAACCCUUGGCUUAAACAAAUGCUCCAGAUACUCAACUAGUCUCAAGAAGGCCAGCUCCACUGCCUCUCUAAUCAGCACAACAGCCCUCAGUCGCGCCAACACAACCGCAAAAGGGCCCUCCAACGAUCAAUCAGCCCCCCAAAAUGACAAAACUUGGAUUAGCAAACACAACGCGCCACUGGAACACAGGACCGAUGGCUGCCGACAAUGGGCCCCUGCACGCCCAUGUAGACACUCCACAAAAAUUGUAAAAAAAAAAUUAUACCACUGAAAUGACAUUGGUAGUUUGAAACAUGUUAUUUAUUUAUUUUUAUGCUUAUGGUAUUGAUAAUACACAUUUUGCAAAAUA